CUGCGCGCAGGCGCGUCUGGCAAGCCCAGCGAGUACGCAGGCAGCGUCCGUGCACCCAGUAAUGCAUACGCGUGCUCAGUACUCGCAGUCCAGCCCUUGCGAUGCCGCAGUCGUGCGCAUAGACGUUCGGCAGCGCAUGUCCGUAUUCACCCGCGUACGCCACACCGCAGCACGCACCUAGCAGCGUGUUCUGCGAUGUUAGUACGCACGCCAGCAGCGUACCACGCACGCUGGCCAGCCACCACGCACGCCAGCACGCCCACCAGCGUGCCAGCGAUGCUCAGCGGGCCUCGGCGUUGCCCGGUAGCACGCCCGAGUACCCAGUCAACCCAGCACGC